UCUAAUACAGUACUAUAUUCUGGGUAAACGUGGUGGUGUUUAGUCAGUGUAGUACGGUACUAUCCUUUGGGUACACGUGUUAGUGUUUAGUAGUGAGGUACAGAACUAUACUUUGGGUACAGAUACUGUUUGGUGUGGUACGGUACUAUACUUUUGGUACAUGUGGUAGUGUGUAGUGUAGUACAGUACUGUACUCUGGGUACACAUGAUAGUGUUUAGUGAGGUACAGUACUAUACUUUGGGUACAGAUGCUGUUUAGUGUAGUAUAGUGCUAUACUUUUGGUACAGAUACUGUUUAGUGUAGUAUAGUACUAUACUUUGGGUACAGAUACUGUUUAGUGUAGUAUGGUACUAUACUCUGGAUACAUGUGGUGGUGUUUAGUCUGGUACAGUACUAUACCCUGGGUACAUAUACUGUUUAGUGUAGUACGGUACUAAACUCUGGGUAAAUGUGGUGGUGUGUAGUGUAGUAUAGUACUAUAUUUUGGGUACAUAUACUGUUUAUUGUGGUACAGUACUAUACUUUUGGUACAUGUGGUAGUGUGUAGUGUAGUACGGUACUAUACUCUGGGUACACAUGAUAGUGUUUAGUGAGGUACGGUACUAUACUUUUGGUACAUGUGGUAGUGUUCAGUGUAGUACAGUACUAUCCUCUGGGUACAUUGGAUAUUUGGCACAGCUUUUCACUCUUGGUUUCCAUCUUUCUGUGAGCUCAUUCAAUGUUUAACGUCUGAUUCAGAAGUGACGGAUUAAAGUGAGAAAACAACUGGCUAAUUAUUAUUGACUGUAUUGUUUUCCUUAUCAAUUAUCAUAUUUCCCCGGUGGCCUGUGUCACUUCGCCGUACAACACUUACACUUCCGAGUGACACAGUGACCGAGAUCAUUAAUGCUGGUGUUUAAACAGCCUUCUGUGAGAGAAGACCAUGGAAACCUGCUGCAGCGAAGAUGUCCGAGAGCUCGAGCGACACGGACUCUUCUCCGUGGACCAUCAUUAGUAAUGAGGGCUCGGAUAUUGAGGCUCUGGGGCUUGAGGAUGGAGGGGGUGGUGGCGAGAGCCGCUCUGAAAGCCCUCCCUCCACAGAGGAGGUGAGGGACCGGGACGGGGACGGGGACCGGGACCAGGACCAGGAGGGGCUGCCAGUCCCCUGUGGUAUGGACCCAUUGAUCACCAUGUUGCAGGCUGCUCUUAUCCCUCCCGGUCCCGAGUCUUACCAGCAAGAGGAAGCGCGAGAGGAAACGGAGCCUGUCCGAGAGGUGGGGGCAGAUGGGCUGGGAACUGAAGCUGCGAUGCGGCGAUCUGCGAGCAUGAAGGGGGCGGAGCUUGCCAUGUGGGCAGGGCCUAAGACAGAAGGGGCGGAGCCACAUGGAAGGGAAUUCCACCUGGACACCAUCGGCGUGGCCCAGACCCGAGUGUUCCCGGUGGCACCCCCUGCAGGAGGCUCCAGCAGCAGCGAGGAGGAGCCCAGGGGUCAGCUGCCUGGUCCGCUCAUGCGAAAACGCAGAGUCAAACUGGCUGGGGCCCCUGUCUCCGCUGAGGGUGGGACUUCUGGACAGCCAGAGCAACCUAAACCAGGACAGAAGGAGAUGCAGAGGCAGGAACCAGAAACUGUGGAGCCAGGGGUGAUCACUCUUAUCCACGGUAUCUUCAGCAGCACCUUGAGCACUUGCAUUUUACUAGCCCUGGUCGUAACCCUCAGCCUGAGCCUUGGCUACUUAUAUGGUACAUUUCACGUUCAGGAGAUGCAGAAGGCGAAGGUGGAGACGGUUCGACUGGAAGAUCUUAUGGAUGCUAGAGGAGAUCAGCGCUCAUGUGAGAAGGUCAUUGAGGAUAGCAAGGGAGCGGUUCAGUCCGUGGUGGCGGACCUGCAGGAGAAAGCUGGCAUGGCUUCACCACUCGCUGAGAAUAUGGAUCAGAACAUUAGAGAGAGCACCAAGCUCGUGGUCAGUGAGGACGAGCCCCAGAAAGAGGACAUUCGACUGAAACACGAGGAGAGUGGCAGGACUGAAGAGGAUCGAGAAUCGGAGCAGGUGUCAAGGAAGAGCCAGCAGCUGAAGAGCUCACUGGAGUGUGAGGAGAAGUCCGUGUCCACUCUGCAGGAGGAGCUGCGGAACCUUCGUUCGCAGAUCCGCAACCUGGAGUGGAAGGGCGUCGACACGCACUCCGUGCUGCACGAGAGCCAGCAGAGCAAGGGUCACGAGGAGGAGGAGCGCCAGCGGAUGCUGAGCUUCAUGGUCCUGAGGGAGGUGCUCACUGCUGAGGCUCGAGUGCUGCGUAGGGAGCUGGACAGGGAGCGGCGGGUGACGGGCCUCCUCAAGGAGGAGCUGGGGUAUGUGGGUCCUGCAGGAAUGGCCAACAAGGAAAUAGAGGAGCUACAGGCCCGUCUGGAGGAGCUGGAAAGGAAGCUGAAUUUUGAGCGGCAGCGCUCUGACCUGUGGGAGAAGCUGUAUAUGAAGGCCACAGAUGAGAGGGCGACAGGGGACAUCUAUGGCACAGUGGACAAAGUUAAGGACAUGGAGCAUGUUGCGAAGAACUGUACAAAGGCACUGGUUCACCACCAUGAGCAGAUCAAGAAGGAUAAAGAGGAGACCUUCAGGAAGUUCCCAGACACUGUGAACCCUCUCUUCCGUUAUUACAAGGACUCGGCCAAGAGCUUUUUUGGCAAGGAUGAAUGGCAUCAUAUGAGGAGACCUUUUGAAAGAAGAGAUUCCAGAGGGGAGCGCUGCGAGCAAAGGCAGACGUGUUUGGACCACCGUGGCACCGGGCUGUUCUGGCAGCACAAAUCUCUGCUUCAACUCCUGCCGAGGGCCUCAGACAACUUCGAGGCAGUCGGUGACGGGCAGACUCCAGGCGUCAAAGUUCACGUUUAUCCGCACGAGGUCCUUGAUGCAGGAAUGUUCAGAGGAUGCUCCGGGGUGACUGACUGCGCAUACCAAGAGUCCAUAAGCCUCUUCAAUAAGCCUCUGGACCCGGUCCGCAUGGAGGAUUUCAGCCAGCUCCUUUACAGCUACCUCCAGCAAGAAACAGACCACUUUCACCGCUGGGAGGAACUACAGCACUUCAUUGACCGUUUCUUUGACAACGGCGUCUUCAUCCACCAUCAGAUGAUGUUCACGGACUUUGUCAGUGGUGUGGAGGACUAUUUGAAGAAUAUGGAUGAGUUUAACAUGGAUAUGUUUAAGGGUCUUGACAAGUACAUUUACAGGCACUUCUUUGGAGACAGCUACUCAGAGUGGUAUGAGCAGAGUAGUGCAGAAAGAGCUUCUGGUCAUCACCAAAGUCACCAAAAGGCUCAUGUGCAUCUGCAAAGAGACAGGAAGUGGACGAGGCCCAGGGAAACUCGUGAGAGACAUAUAGCAGAUGUGAAAAUAGAGCUGGAUCCAACUCCUUUUCAUCCAAAAUAUUAAUAUUAACAGAACUCUUCAGAGAUCACUUUGUCGCAAGUGCAGCUGUGAUUUCAGUUUUUUAUUUGAUGGAGUUUUUUUUCAUGCUCUGUGUUUGCAUAAUAGCGACCUUUUAAAGCGCAGUGCAACAAAGUGCUGGAUUUAAGCUCUUCUGUGUUGUGCAAUAAGUUAUCAAGUGAUGAGGACGGAAACGCUUUUCUUGUACCGCUUUUUCUCAGCCAUAAUGCACACAAAAAAUCUGAAAGAGAAAUGUUUCACAUCUAUUGAGUGUUUUUACUUACAUGGUGUUCAUGAGCUUUGUGAUAGUAGUUGUAAAUUCUCCUUAUAUGAAAUAUGACUUGGUUAAAAACAUUACUGUACCUGAUACUUUAUAGAAAGAUUAAAAAAAAGAAUCCAAGGAUUUUUAUGAUCUAUGAAUUUCUA